AUUAUUAUUAUUAUUAAAAUCUGGUUGAAAUUAUUAUUCUGCUUAACUAUGUGAUGCAUCACGUUUGGUAGAAGGCCAUACGUUUAGAAAAUCUAUAAUAUAGUUGCCCGUUACUUUAGUAAAUCAACUAUGAUACAGAAAAAUGAAUGAGAUAAGUUGUUGAAAAAAAUAUCAUAAGUGUGAGCAAAAAAUGACAGACGGAUGGUGGAAUUCAACAAACGUGUUAUUGUCAUUUUUACCAUCACACCAUCGUUAUUACCACUACUAUUGUUAAGACGAAUUACAAUCUGUUUUUUUUCGUCACUAUAAAAUGGCACAACUUAUUCAAGAUACGAUUAUUAACAGUUCUUUAGCUUUGUCUAAAUCAUUACAAAAUGAUGAUAAUGCAUUUGAUAAAAAAGCAUUGCUACAUGAAAAGGAAGAAACAGAUAUUAUAUUAAUACAUGAAAACUGUGACAGAAUAUUGAGAAAUCAUAAGAACGAAGAAGUACAGAAUAAUAAAUUGCAUAAUACUAAAUCAUUCGAAAAAGUUUUUUCAUGGCUUGUUACAUUUGAUAGAGUAAUGCAUUCAUCUAUAGGAAAGAGAAGUUUCCAUCUUCUAGAAGAAUUGCUCUCCAUCUAUGUCAAAUAUAGAAUUAAGAACUUCCAAACGCUGUAAGGAUCCUUCUAAGGUAGCUGCAAAACUUUUUAGUGCAUUAUGGAUAUAUUUAAAUAAAUCAAAAGAACAUAUAUUUAAAGUAUUACUUAGGAUUAAGCUAAUUACUAAAAGAUAUGCAAAGAUUUGUGAUCUUAUAUUCUCUAAAAGCUUGACUAAUUUAAAAACAAAUGAAGAGUCUAUAACAGGGAUAAAAUAUAUAAGAUAUUUAUUCACUUUAAAGCUUUGGAGAAAAAUAAAAGAAAAUUCAGAAGACGCAAAACAAGUUGAUGAAUUAGCUGUAGCUAUAUUAGGAUCACAUAUGCCAAAGAUGCAAGCAGACUUAUUGAAACUUGUACCUAAACUUCCUCUUAACUGUAAAAAUGAAACAUUAUGGUUAAUGCAACCAAACUUAUUUGAUCUAAAACAAGCAUGUAAUGAUUUCCUCGUACUCGAAGAAAAUAUUGAGAUAACUGAAUAUAAUGAAUUGCCUUCCACAAUAAAAACUGAAAGAAUAUAUAAUUAUACUAAUUCAGAGACAAAUAUGAAUAUUAACAAGAAUAAAGAAAUACACUCCUUGAGUUGUAUAUCUAAUAUAAAUCAGAAGAUAGCUUCAGAUGAAAAUAAAUUAAUGGAAAGUAUUUGUGAAGAAAAUGAUAAUUCUAUAAAAAAUCAUAUUAAAAAAAAAAUAGAAAAAAAUAAAAAAUUUAAAUUAGUGCCAAAUGUAAAACCAGGAGAAAUAAUAGUCAUUGAUUUUUCUAAAGAUAAUGAGGAAUGUAUUUCCUUAAAUAAAAGGAAAAAGAAUAAAUGUAAAAAAAAUUUGGAGUGGCUUAGAAUUGUGGCAAAAAAGUACCAGAAAAGCCCAAAACUUUUUUUUAUAGAUGAUGCGAAAAAUAUUGAUACUAAAGAAUAUGCAGAUAUAUUAAAUAAACAAAAUAGAUUAGAAGACUUGCAAAGCUCUCUAACAUCUUUAAUUGGUCAUGAUAGUUUCUAUAACACGUUAAAUUUUAAUGAAUGGAUAAUAAACCCUUGUCUGAUUAAAAAAUGUGUAGAAGAAAAAACAUUAAGUGUUAAUAAUGAAAAAAAUGUUGAAUUGUACAGUCAAGAACCCUUGGUAGAUAUUACAGAUACAUCUGUACUAAAAAAAAAAAGUAAACAAUGUGUUAAUCAAAAAAAUUCGAUUGGUAGAUGUGUAGAUAUAGUUGCUUUUGGUUUAAAUGCAAAAGCAGAAGAAGAUUUUGAUUUAUUUUCAUUGGAUGACAAUGGUUCUAUAUCGAUGUUUAAAAAUAUAUCUUCUUCGUGCUCAUCACCAUUACUUAUUCAAUCAGAUAUAAAAAUUUCUGAAUCAAGAGAAUUUUCUUCAAAUUUUGGUUUUAAAAAGUUUGAUCGCGAAUCUAAUGAUAUGAAAAUGGAACAAAUUUAUGAUUUCCAAGAAGCGGAUAUUUUAAAAGAAAAUGAUUCAAAAAUACAUAUAACAAAUCAAACUUUAAUAGAUGAAGCAUGUAUUUCCAAGGAUGUACCCUCGAAUCAUUUACCAAUUCAAACUGAAGAUCUUCUUGUGCCACCCUAUAAUAAUAUAUCAACGUCUUCAUUGCAAUUAGACUUCGAAUUAUUACCAACAGAACAAUUGAUAGAAACAUUUAAUUUACCAUUACCUUUCAGUCAGUAUGAUUUAAUAUCAAAUAAUUCAAUUCCUUUGGAUUCACAAUCUAUAUUUACAGAGAAUGAUAAUAUAAAUAUACAGCAAAUUGUAAGUGGAUUACAAUCAGUUGAACCUUAUGAACGAAUACAGCAAAAUAUAAAGAUAUCUUCUGAUUGCAACCAAUUAUAUACAGACAAGGAGGUAAUGGAAAAUACAAGUCAUUUUUGGAAACAAAUAGAUCUAAUGGAUUUAGAUGAUUCUUUACCACUAAAAAAACGUAUAAUGUUGAAUUUUCGAAAAUCUAAUAUUAUUUUUAAAAAUGAUAUAGAGAAUGAACAUUCUAUAAUUAUGAUAACAGAAGGUGUAUCAGGAGAUACCAAUCUUUUGUAUAAAGUAGAAACAGAAGACAAUAUUUUAAUACCAACAGAAAAAUCUUGCUUAAAACCUUUAAAAGGAAGUAUUACAAAAUCUGAUACACAAAUUUCCAAAAUACCUCUUGUACAAGACAAAUGUAUGAAAGAAAUUUCAACUAAAAUCUCUAUAAAACCCAACGUUAGAAAACUCGAUAUAACGUCAUUUAAUGAAGAAACAUCAGUAAAAAGAAGAAAAGUUACAUCCGAACUUUUACCUCUUUUAGACGCAAGUAGAGUUAUAUAUUCAACAAAUACACAAGCUCAAGCAAAAGAUUUACUUUCUGGAAUGAAAGUAUGAUGGAAUCAGUGGUCAAAAAAUACAUAUGAUACCACCAUUUGCAGUUAAAGCAUAACAUGCAGUCUAUCAUGUACAAGCUUGUAUUACCACCAAAGAAGCAAAAAACAUUUGCAUUGAAAAUAUGAUGGAUAAGAUCUAAGAAUCCUAUGAAUAUAGUAUAUUGACAAUAUAGCAGAUUAAAUAACUUCAUGAAUAUGCUAUAAAUAGAUAAUGUAUUUGAAUAUUAAAUUCAAAAUUAGUUAUUAGUAAUUAAGUUUGUGAGUGAUUUAUAUCGUUAAAAUCUAGUAUCUCGCUGAAAAUAAGUUCCAUACUAAAUUAACUUUUAAAAUCAAGUUUAUUUUAAGGUCAUAUUAUAACACAGAUAAAUAUAUAAUAUUAUUUUUUUGUUGUGUUAACAUACAACAACAAAAAAACCUUUGUAUAUUCGUAAAAAAACAAAGUGAUCUUGGAAAAACCAUUAAAAUAUUUACGAAAAAAAUUUUCUUCGUAUUGUCACAGAUAGACAAUAUUUAGGUAGCCUGUUUUAAAUGAAACACCCUGUAUACUAACAAUAGUUCAUCUUUGUCAAUUUUUGAUUAUUUGAUUACAAUAAUAUUAUAAACCAUCUAUUAAAACAAUUAUUUGACAACA